AUGUCAAAUCUAAAAAUGAAAGAGGCAGCCCUUAUCUAUCUUGACAGAAGUGGAGGCCUCCAAAAGUUUAUAGACGAUUGCAAGUACUACAAUGAUUCAAAACAAAGUUAUGCUGUCUAUCGAUUCAAUAUUUUAAUAAAUCCCUCUGAUGUUGUUGAAUUAGACGCUGAACUUGGAAAUCACAUUUUACACCAACCUUUAAAAGCUGCUGAAGUUUUUCAAUCAGUCUGUUUUAUUGCUGUGAAGACUCUCUCAUUAAUUGGACAAUUACAGACUGAAACUCAAAUUAAUAUAGUGCUGAAAUUAACACAUUUACCUCCUCUGCCAAGUUAUGGUCUUGAUCUUUGUGAGUUUCCACUUGAUUACACAUCUCAAAGAUUUUAUAUGAUGCAAGGGAUUGUGAUCGCAAUGACAACUGUAACCAAGUAUACACAAGGUGCAAGAUUCCUUUGUUCAGAUGAAGCAUGUCCUCUCUCAAAAGGAUUUCAGUAUAUAAGAGUGCAUGUGCCUGGUGCUACAGAAUCUGCAACUGUAAGAAAUGACUUUUUGUGUAAUCUGUGUGCAUCUUCACUUCAAGAAGACAGAAAAUUUAGAGUACUUGGUGAUAAACAGAUAGUUGAAAUAAUUACCACAAAGGCACUUCAUGCUUUUCAAGGAUAUUCUAACAACCAGCCAUUUAGGUUUCAAUCUCUUACAAUUUUCCUAAGAGAUGAGUCAGUUAAUAAAAUGAAUAUAGGAAGUGAAUAUAAAAUUAUUGGAAUUCCAACCUGUCUAAAAACCUCACAAACUGCUGUCUGUAUGGAAGCAAAUAGCAUCACUCUUUGCAAUCCAAGAGUUCCUUCAGGAAUUAGUGACAACUUCAAGUGUCUCCUCUCCUUGACUUCCUGCUCAUGCUGGAAGUUUACAGCAAUACUUGCCAAUAUCUUUGCAUCACAUAUUGUUCCUCCUGGGACUUACAAUUUGCUCAAGCUCUGUUUGUUGAUGAGUCUAGUACAGACAAGUGACCAUAACAAGGAACUGGAAGAUUGCCUAGAUAUUUUAAUUAUAACAAGUGAUACUCUACUUAUACACAGGCUUUUGAAUUUUAGCAUAAAUCUUGUUCCUCGUGGUAUACGUCAUCCAGUCUCUACUGAAAUUUUUCCUACACUGUCCAGGAAUAAGUAUGGAACUGGAGCGGUUAGCAUUCAAGCUGGCAGUGCUUUGCUAGCUAAAGGUGGUAUCUGCUUUAUAGGAGACUUGGCUUCACACAAAAAGGAUAAACUUGAACAGCUUCAAUCGGUUACUUCCCUGUACUUGCCCACCACGUAUGCUGAAAAUGAUGAUACAGGAGGAAAGGAAGAGAUAGGGCAUCCCAUACUUUUUGUCCUUUCAGUCCUUCCUCAUUCAUCAGAUUGCAGUUUGAUUCCAGCUAACCUUGUGGAGGCAUUUGGAUUACUAAUUAACUGCAAUGAAUCAUCUCCUUGCUACCCACUUCUUCCUACAGUGCAACAUACUUUAAAGAAGGCCAUUGAUCCUGAAGGGCUUCUUUAUGUAGCUUCUAAACAGUUCACAACCGAAGAUUUUGAAAAGCUACUAGCUUUUGCAAAGAAUUUGAACAUAGAAUUCAGCUUGGAGGCAGAAAGAAUGAUUCAUGGCUAUUAUUUAGCAAGUCGCCGAGUCAGAACAGAUUCUAUAUGUGGAUCAAAAUUGUCAGCAUCUGCAUUAAAAUAUUUAGUUUCCUUAUCUGAAGCCCAUGCUCGACUAAACUUACGGAAUAAAGUACUUAAAGAAGAUGUACUAAUUGCAGCCUUAGUAUUUGAAACAUCUCUCACAUUGAAAUAUGGGGCCACUGUAUUUUGUGUUGCUCCAAAUGCAGUAUUUCCUUUUGAACUGUAUAACGAAGAAUAUUUAGAGCAAAGGGAUCUAUAUCUGACUCAAUGCCAACAACAGUUCCAACAGUUUAUUGCCACAUAUGGACCUGGGCCAGCUAUUUUCUCUAGUGAUGAAUAA